AUGAGUAAGAUGGAGUGCUACCAGGAAAAAGUACGUGAAUCAAGGUCAAACUCGUCGUCGGUGAAAUUGCUCAAGUCGGCUUAUACAAGCUCAAACAAGUACACAAGCAUAACCUUGAAGACUACUCGUCGACCCCCCCGGUCCCAGUUCCAUAUCCACUGCGAGGCCCCUGAUUUUAUAAUUCUCUCUGGGUAUUUUGCACAAUUAGUGGUGCAUUUGCCUAUUUCUCGCCUGCCAUUGAAAAGGCUUUCUAUCCAUGGAAAAAAGUCACAAAGACGCUGUAUCAUAUAUGCAGCAGCUGUUUCCAUGAGUCAAGAAGCCAAAACUGAACCUGGUACUGGUUCUUACCGUAGUUCAAGUGAAGCUUCCACUCCAAAGAAGGUCAUGGUAAUUGGUGGUGACGGAUACUGUGGUUGGGCCACUUCCCUUCAUCUGUCCAACAAAAAUUAUGAAGUUGCCAUUGUUGACAACCUUGUUCGUCGCCUUUUUGACCACCAGCUUGGUCUUGAUUCUCUCACCCCCAUCUCGUCUAUCCAUAACCGGAUCAGGCGUUGGAAGUCUUUAUCCGGUAAAGACAUUCAACUCUACAUUGGUGACAUAUGUGACUUUGAGUUCUUGUCUGAGGCUGUCAAGUCAUUCGAACCCGAUGCUGUUGUCCAUUUCGGAGAACAGAGGUCAGCUCCCUACUCCAUGAUCGAUCGGUCAAGAGCUGUAUUCACCCAGCAGAACAAUGUGAUAGGGACACUUAAUGUUCUCUUUGCUAUAAAGGAGUUCAAAGAGGACUGCCAUCUUGUAAAACUCGGUACCAUGGGCGAAUAUGGGACUCCAAAUAUAGAUAUCGAGGAGGGUUACAUAACAAUUACACACAAUGGCAGAACAGAUACUUUACCUUAUCCCAAGCAAGCGAGCUCCUUUUACCAUCUUAGCAAGGUCCAUGAUUCUCACAACAUUGCGUUUACUUGCAAAGCUUGGGGAAUCAGAGCCACUGAUCUAAAUCAGGGAGUGGUCUAUGGGCUGAGAACGGAUGAGACAGCGAUGCAUGAAGAGCUCUGUAACAGGCUCGAUUAUGAUGCAGUAUUUGGAACUGCAUUGAAUCGUUUCUGUGUUCAGGCUGCAGUUGAUCAUCCACUUACAGUCUAUGGCAAAGGGGGUCAGACGAGGGGGUAUUUGGACAUAAGAGACACAGUUCAAUGCGUUGAGCUUGCUAUCGCCAAUCCGGCUCAGCAAGGUGAAUUCCGGGUUUUUAACCAAUUUACUGAGCAGUUUUCGGUCAACCAACUUGCCACCCUCGUUACCAAGGCAGGAGAGAAACUUGGCCUUCAAGUGCGAACCAUAUCCGUUCCCAAUCCUAGAGUUGAGGCAGAGGAGCAUUACUAUAACGCCAAGCAUACGAAACUUGUUGAAUUGGGACUCAAACCGCACCUUCUCUCAGAUUCUCUUCUCGACUCGUUACUCAACUUUGCUGUCCAGUACAAGGAUCGAGUUGACACUAAACAGAUAAUGCCUAGUGUUUCGUGGAGAAAAAUUGGAGUCAAGCCAAAGACUGUUUCUGCCUAA